UGUGACGGGAAAAAUCAGUUGAACGGUGUUUUUCCACCAGUUGACUUCGAAUUCCGUCGGAGGCACCGAGUGUGACUCCGUCUCGACAGAUCAGUGUCAGUACCGCGCAACAGAAAAAUUCAUAAAAUCUUUAUAUCGUCCGUCGUAUACUAUCUCGAGGUUUAAGAAAACAGAUAAAGUGAAUCUUACAUGGUGAAACGCAAAAGUUUCAGUGCUGUACAAAGGUUUUACCGAGUUUUCGUUUGAACUGAUGCGACCGCCAACCGCCAAAGCCAGCGUGGCCACCGGCCAGGCGGCGACACUAGCCAUCCUAGUGUCGCUAGCCACGUUUUCCGGUGCCGUCCCGACCUCGGUACUGGCGGACUCGAAGGAAACGAACGGCCAUCGGGAAGUUACGGCUUCCCCGGGACAGAACCGGUUGACCACGGACGAUGCUAUGUACGGCGACGACCGGGCCGGUCCAUCGAACCCUCAGAAACGUGGAGUGAACCCGUUGCUCUAUCGGGAGGCCGAACUUCGGAACGACUUUUCCGGUAAUUCGAUUCCCCAGAACGGAGUGUGGGAAGAUGUGGACGUACCGCUGCCGGGGAUGCCGUAUCCGUUGGAACUGUUCGAUGCACCCAUCGAGCCGGGUCCUUUCGACCGGUUUAACCAGCAGCAACAGCAACAGCGGACGUACGACGUACUGCAGAACCUGCUGAGCCGUCAACCUUCGCCGUACAAUCCUCUGUUCAUCGGCAGACCCGUGUCCGGUGGGUACCCGGUGAGAAUGCACGGCUCUGGCGGUGCCUACGGUACGGAACGGAAGAAGCGUACUUUGGCAACUGGGCCGGCAAAAUCGUAUUCCCAUCAGAUGCGCUUAAAGCGCAGCACGGGUAAGUUGUCACCAGCCGAAGUGUUCUCGCUGCUUGCGCUGAUGGAUUCACGCGAUCCCUACCGACCGCUAUCACCCCUGCCCGAGUACAUCCCGGACGAUCAGACGAACGAUGUGUUGGCCUACGCUCCAAAUGGAAUGUAUCCGGACGUUGCACUACCGCUGGCCCUGGAGCAGCUGCUCGGAGCGCGAGGUGGUGGCGGUGCAGGUGGCGAUGGUUACGCGUACGAUGAUGCUGGCGAGUGGAUGAACGGUUGGACGGAACCAUCGGUUGACUACAUGGGUAUUCCAAUGGCCGAUCUGGAUGCGCUUGGUGUGCUUAACGAUGGCAAAACCGUGGGCUCGAUCAAUGCAUACAUGCCGCAGAAGCGCUUUAUGGUGUCGAAGAAAAAGCGUAGCGUGACGCAGGCACCUUCUCCAGCAGCCGUCGUCGGUUGCAAGCCGGGCGAUGCAUCAUGUGGCGCUCAGUCGCAUCAGCAGGGAGGCAUCAUUCAAGCGGCCGCCUAAAGCAUCACAUCCCCGAUACCGAUACAUGCGCAUUUUGAGAGAAAGGACCCGUCCUGGACGCACACAAAAAAAACAUGCACAACAUGUCCCAAGGCUCACGAAAUACCGGAUACUACAAAAAUCAAUGUACCAUAUGUGUUAAUUAUUAUUGUACUUACCAAUUAUUGUAACGCAACUAAUCAUUUCUAACGAUACACAAGCAAGAAUCAAAGAAAACCCCUUUUUCCCCAUUGAUGAGGCACAUCAUACAGCGCUGCUUUUGAUGGAACUCGCUGCUCCAGGGCAUCUCCCGCAAAACGGAUGACACGACAUGAGUAGCAAUUCCAUCUUACCUUUCACCGCUUUGUCUAAGUUGCACCGCACUGUUGUUUUAGGAUAAAAUGGAGAGGUACAUUGGCAGGUUUGGAAGUCACGCUUAGGCUCACACAUUAAGCAUUUGCGUGUCUUUCGAAUAGCUGCCGUUACGUUCGGUGGACAUUUCGUUUCGUCAGUACCACUAUGCAGCACAAACAGUUUUCAACAAACGAGGCGGUUAAUUGCUGUAUUGCUCUUCUUACUACUACUCACUUUUCUAGACGUUGAAUGGCUACCAUUGCAGAAGACAUCCAUGUAUUGCUCGUUGUAAACUCGUAUACAUUACUACCACGAUUUUAAAAAAACAUGUGAAAGGCACAGCUAAAUGAUGAUACUGAUGAUGAUGAAGAGAAUUUAAUGCAUUGAAAUAUUUAUAUAUUUGAGGUCUAUAUUCAUACGAAAUUUACUAAGCGCAUAUACAUGUACUACACAAAAUUGAGGCUCCAUUAUACAGCAAGGUCGUAUCUAUGUAGGAGAGGCUAAUGCACGUUUGGCAUAUUUCAUCGUAUAAACUGCUUCCCCUAAUUAAUCGACGCGGAUCGGCACAAACCGCGCACGCAUGAUAACAUGACAAGAAACUGGCUCAGAGGUAAAUAGUUUUUUAGGUAUAGUAAGAAAUCCAUACCAUAUAUAUAUAUAACAUAAACAUCUAUUAUGAAUGCAUACAAAAACAAGAGGCAAAAAGUUUGACAAAGUGUCGCACACGACAACACUAAACUGCAUAUUUAUCGGACGGUGGGGAGAAAAUUCCAUUUCAUCCAUAGUAUACUAUCGUAGCAAAUUAAUUACAAAAACCUUUACAUUAAACGAAAUAAAAUAAAUGAAAAAAUGAUACCACAAAAUGCAACAAACUACCACAAUCAAAGUGUAACCAUAUACCCGUUGUGUGUACAACGGAGGAAUAAAUAAUACAAAGAGAGAAACAACAAACACAAUUUGCACCUGACAUAACAUAACACACAACAAACAAUCAAACAACCAAACAGACACACACUUCGCUGCAGCAGCAGUACAUACUGGGGCUGGAGUAAUACAGGAUACUUAGUCUACCUUGCAUUGAACUUUUGUUAGUCCGCCGAGGACAAUUGCAGAAAGAACAGGCGAAAAAAUGGUUGAAAUGAAUAAUGAAACGAAACAGUAAAUAGAACAAACACGAGGAUCAAGGAAGCGUAAAGAGAAACGUACCCUAACAUCAGCCCCGUGACUGAAGAAGGAAGAGGAAGACUUCAACUAGAGCGUAGAAAAGAAAAUUUACAAAGCAUGGUUCAUUGUUUUAAACCCCUUUCGCUAGGUUCGGCUGGGAGUUAGCGGGGAGAAAACUAUCGAUGAGAAGAAGAAGUCUAACAAAAUUGAGAAAGGAAAAACCCAUUAAAAAUAAAAGACAACAAAACCGAUGAUUGAUUGCGAUCAUUGUCGGGUUACUAGCA